UUCAUGCUUGUUAAAAAGUUAUACACUGAAUGAGUACAUAUCAGCCCAUCAACGAAGAAUCAGAAGAAGACUUCAGCAGCUCAUUUUUCUCGAUGUCAAAUGCAGAAAUGUUAUCACAGUCGGCUAAUUGCGCAUCGAAACACCGAUACCCUCACUCGAUUGUUUGGACACCACUUCCAUUGAUCUCAUGGUUUUUACCGUUCAUUGGUCAUAUGGGCAUAUGCCAAGAAAGUGGUAUAAUUCGUGACUUUCAGGGACCAUACUCAAUUGGCGAAGGAAGAAUGGCAUUUGGAAGCCCCACUAAGUACUGGAAGAUGGACCCCGCUAAAAUUCGUCGGCCUGGGCAAACAUGGGAUGGAGCGGUGUUGGAGUCAUGCGAAGUGUAUAAAGGACGAAUGCAUAUUCUAUGCUGGGAUAAUUGUCAUAAUCAUGUCGCCUAUGCUCUAAACUGCAUGCAAUACAACGGGUGUAAAAGCUACAACAUGGUUUCCCUUUGUUUCUUGAUGCUUAUUUUCGGUAAGUAUACUUCUUUCAAAGGCUUCGUUAUCACGUGGCUACCCUUCUUCGUUAUUUGUGCAAUAUCAACAGCUAUUGCUCUAGCCGUCACCUACGCCCAGUGAAAACAGCUAGAAAGGUUUGCCGAAAUGUUUCCUGGCUUUGUCAAAAUGUUAUAUUGAAUUAGAUUCAAGACUCCAAACAAAUUAGCUUCAAACAAUAUACCAUGUAAAUAUGUUCAAAAUUUAAUCUUGUUAACUAAAGUAUUUAAAGAAUUGUCUUCUACCGAUGCUUCGUAUUUUUUGGCAACUACUUCUCG